GAGAAACGACCAUUUAAAAUCCCAUUUUUAAAGACUAGAAAAAACCAAGUCUUCGGUCUUCAUCCAUCAACUCGUUCAAAAACCUCUGAAUUCGCAUUGCAAAGCCCCCCGGAAAAGCAAAAUCCAAUGGCGGAAGCGCCGGCGGAAACUGUUAUGGGCUCGGAACUGGAAUCUCUGGCCAUCCCACCGUUGGAUCCGUUGUAUCUCUCUACAGAUCUAGGGUUUUCUCUCGACGACGACGACGAUUUCCAAAUCACCUUCGACGAUUUCGACCAGUUCUGCUUUCCCUCCGAUUCCGAACACUUGCUCAUACCCGAUUCUUCUACUACACCCGAUUCCGAUGUGGAAAGGUACCUUAAUUCUUCCUCCCCGGAGCUGGGUAGUUGCAACGGGCCCGAUUCUUCGGGUAAUUCCCACUCUCCUCUCUCUUCUUCAGGUUCCGGAAAUUGUGCUUCGGCCGUUUCCGAAGCCAUGAAUGCUACCUCCCCGGAUUCUGAAAACAUAGUCGAUCAAAAGAUUAGUGUUGAAGAAAUUGGGAAAAGGCGAGUGUCUAAAAGAAAGAAAGACCGCGAAGAAACAGAUUCCAGCAAGUGUAGAAGAUCAUCGUUAACCCCCAGUGUAAACAACUCUAACUCCAAUUCUGAUAAUAAUAAUAAUGAUAAUUCGAAUGCGCCGAGCGAAGAGGAGGAGAAGAGGAGGGCGAGGCUCAUGAGGAACAGAGAGAGUGCACAACUGUCAAGGCAGCGGAAGAAGCAUUACGUGGAAGAGCUGGAGGAUAAGGUUAGGACUAUGCAUUCUACUAUUGCUGAUUUAAAUAAUAAGAUAGCUUAUUUUAUGGCUGAAAACGCUACCUUGAGACAGCAGUUAAGUACUGCCGGUGGUGGUGGUGGAGGCGGAGGUGCUGUAAUGUGCCCUCCACAGCCAUUGCCUAUGCCAAUGUAUCCACCGAUGGCAUACCCAUGGGUGCCCUGUGCUCCGCCCUAUGUGAUGAAGCCGCCAGGGUCUCAGGUGCCAUUGGUGCCUAUUCCGAGGUUGAAAUCACAGCAGCCAUCAGUGCCUGCUUCCAAGGCUAAAAAGAAUGAGAGCAAAACUAAGAAGGUUGCUAGCGUUAGUUUACUGGGUAUGUUGUUUUUCAUAUUAUUGUUUGGUGGGUUGGCCCCAAUUGUGAACGACAAAUAUGAUAAUACGCCUGUUGGGUCUGGUUUUGUUGGUGAUGGGUUUUAUGAAGUGCAUCGCGGGAGAGUUUUGAGAGUUGAUGGUCAUUUGAAUGGGUCUAACAAUAGUAGGGAUGUAGCAUUUUCUUAUGGGAAGUUCGACCGUAGGAAUAGAGUUCAUGGUAGAGGAUCAGAGUCUGGUGUUGAGCAGAAAGAGAAAGGGGCGCAUAGUGUACCUGGUUAUAUGAGCAAUGGUAGUGAGCCUCUCACUGCCUCCUUAUAUGUACCAAGAAAUGAUAAGCUUGUGAAAAUUGAUGGCAACUUGAUAAUUCAUUCUGUUCUGGCCAGUGAGAAAGCCAUGGCCUCUCAUAAGGCUUCUCAAAAAAAGAACAAGGAGACAGGUUUGGCGAUCCCUAACAAUUUCUCUCCAGCACUGGCAAUUCCUGAUACCAGAGAGAAUGGAGGAAAACGUUCCCGUGAAUACAGAAACCCUGCAGAAAGACAGAUGGCUCUUUCUUCAGGCAAUGCUGAUGCUUUGAAGGACCAUUUCAAGUCAACUGUGGCGGAUGGUAAGAUGCAGCAGUGGUUCCGAGAAGGACUGGCAGGACCAAUGCUAAGUUCUGGCAUGUGCACUGAAGUAUUCCAGUUUGAUGUCUCUGCUGCCAUUGUUCCUGCUUCCUCAGUUACCAAUGUUUCUGCAGAACAUCAUCAGAAUGCUACUCGGCAUAACAAGGGAAGAAACAGAAGGAUUCUCCAUGGUCAUCCUGUUCCCCUCUCUAGAUCUGAUGUAAACAUAACUGAACAGCAUGUUGGAAGAAAUUCUCCAAAGGAAAAUUUUAAAGGUAACAAAACUGCCUCUUCUAUGGUAGUUUCUGUGCUUUUUGAUCCCAGAGAGGCUGGUGAUGGGGACAUCGAUGACAUGAUUGCACCAAAGCCGCUUUCUCGGAUCUUUGUUGUUGUGCUUGUGGAUAGUGUCAAGUAUGUUACCUACUCCUGCAUGCUUCCGCUGCCUGGUCUUCAUCUGAUGACUGCUUGAGGAUAAAAGCUGGUUGCUGUUGUAAGAAAGAAGCUCACAACUUUGGCUUCUAGUGUUUUUUGUGUAUAUGAUAGACUAAUUAUCAUCUAUAUCAGCUAGGAACAACUUUUAUCACAUUUUAACCUCUCUGUGUACUUUGGAUUGCCUUCAAUAGGCUUAACUUUUGCUACACCGUGACAAACUGUGGUACUAAACUACAUAUGCUAAUAUAAGCUCAGAUUUAGAACCAUACCAUAAUGCCAUCUGUAAUGUAUGCUCAUAUUUAAUGCCAUCCCUUCCUCUUUAGUUCUUUUAA